AUGGUGAACUGCUGGUCAUUUACGCGCACCACCCUCAGCAAAAUCUCAGGUUGCACAUUCCCUCCCCACCCACAAGGGCACACCCUCCCUCUCCUCGUCUGCUUCGAGGCAUCCGGCGCCAGUCCCGCGCCGCAGCAAGAGCAGCUCACCAUGGCGGAAGUAGCAGUGUGCAGGAGGAUCAAGACGGGGACGGAGGUUGGAGCGAGGCCAGACGGGGCGGCGGCGGAAGAGGGGAGGCCGGAUGGCGAGAUAGCAAUCAAGAUAAGCUCCGAGGCCCUCCUCUGCAGGAUCUGCCUCGAGCCCCUCAAGCCACCCAUCUUCAAGUGUGAGGCUGGGCAUGUUUUGUGUUCUCCGUGCCUAGAAAAGCUCCGUCUGGACGGGCACGCUUUGAAGUUAGAGAUCUUUUGUGAUCUGUGUUGCAAAACCACGAGUUACCGCCGUUGUGUCGAACUAGAGCUAUUCAUCAACGCCAUCAAAGUUCCAUGCUCAAACCAAACAUAUGGCUGCAAUGAGUCCGUCAGAUACCAUGAGAAAGAGAAGCAUGAAAGCCAAUGCACACAUGCUCCAUGCCACUGCCCAGAGACUGACUGCACUUUCAGAGGGGCAGUAUGUUGCCUUCUGGAGCACUUCAUCACCGCGCACGGAUGGUCGCCAACCAACUUCAGCUACAACAAGCCACUGAAGGUAUCCAUUCCUCAUGACCACCGUUUCACCCUCCUUGUCGGGGAAGACCAGUCCAUUUUCCUCCUGACCAACACUCUGGCGGGAAUCGGCAAUGCUCUCUCCAUGGUCUGUGUCAGGCCUUGUGAAUCUGGACCAAACUAUUCAUGCAACAUCUCUGCUGCUAACAGUGUUGUUGGUGGAAAAGCUGAGGGGAGGCUUGUGUUCCAGAAGGACCCACUUGUGUCGAGCAGCUCGCUGUCAGGUGGAGUUCAGUUGGGCAAGUUCUUCCUGCUGGUUCCCCCAGAACUCGCCGAUAACCCAUCUGGCGAAUUGACCGUACACAUCCGUGUCGACAGACUUGCGGCUUAG